ACUACUACUACUACUACCUAUGUUACAACCACCUCAACGAAACAUGUGAACACGUUUACUUCUCAGUCUAUUAUUUAUUAUUGUUUAUCUCGAAUCAGCAGAAGUGGGGAGUGACAUUUUUCCGUAACGUCUUCGAUGCAAUGACGUCUCGAACUAUGUCUUCCAAGCGCAAAUCACCACCGACGAAACUGCACGAAGGUACGGCCAUCGAAGAAAUCGCAGCACCUUUACCACCAACAAUCAUCGGCGGAGGCAGCGACGGUGGAGGUCUGACCGACCUGGACGAGACAAGCAGCAAUAAUUUGAGCGACCUGGAGGAUCAGACGUCGAUGAACAAUUUCAAAACGUCGUACAAACUGUCGGAAUCGUCGAGCCCAUCGAUAUCAGGCAGCGAGGUCGACGAUGCCAUUGAAGAGGAGAGAUCUCCACCGAACAAGAAGCAGAGAGUGUGUCAGGAUGUUGCUGAGCCCUUGGGGAGCGAACCCGAGGGCAGAAGGCGCAACUCCGAAUGCAGCUCACCCUCCUCCGAUCUGAAAACCAACAUACUCUAUCACAAUAACAACAGCAGCUUACAUAACAACAAUAGUUCUACUCAUCCUCUCAAACGCUCAAUGGACGACGUCCUCAAACGGCUCACUUCGAAAAUGAAUAGCAGCACAAUUAAAGAAGAGAAACGACCCACCCCAGCUACCACCCCCAAUAAUUCAGAUGAAGGCGCUGCCGCUCUACAAGAAGCUCUAUCUGGAGAUACUUUCAUGGAGAAAGAACGGAGGCUCUCGGAAAUGAUUCUGCAACUGCAAAUGGUCAGGGAGCAGCUACUCUCCCAGCAACCAUCACAAUUAGUAGAACCAAAGCAACAGCAAAGCGUAAACGAGGCCCAGAAGCAGGAAGAUCUUCAGAGACGACAGCAGGAACAAGUGCUGCACCAUCAGCAGAAGCUGCAGGAGCUGCAGGGUCAGAUCACAGCACAGUAUGCGGCAUCCGGCGCGAUGGGACCGCAGAGUCUCAUGUUCUUACCAUUUUUGGAACAAUUGCGCGGCAUGCAGCCAUCAGUCACAAAAUCUGUUGUAAACAAUCACUUGCUUCCUCCGCAAGUCCCCAGUUGGAUUUCAACAACAGCGCAUCUAGCUCAGAUGUCAGUGACCGCGGCGGCGGCGGCGGAGAAACAACACUCAUCGCCUCCACGUCGCACUCCUUCGCCAUCGCCAACACCAGCUGAUCCCGAUGCUCCUCUGAAUCUGAGUAAACCGAAAUCAUCAAGCUCAGGAUCGGCUGGCUCGAGUCCACACAACACUCCAGUCAGCAUACAGAGCGAACAGCCAGUUGCUGCCACCGUACCAAAAUUGCUUCCUGCAAAUCUCAUCAUGCCAAGAACAGCAUUUCUUCCGUACGCAGGAUUACCGCCUCAAUUCAGUCCCCUGCCAGCGAACAAUGAUCGGCUUAAGCAUUCGAAAGAUUCGAUGUCGCAAGACAAGCAGCCUCACUUCCCUAUGCAUAUGUACGGCAUGCCGACACCGCCGCACCAUUCAAAAAGGGACGAAUUAACAGGAAAAGAGGAAGCCGAUUUUAUGGCCGCAUGCAUUUGGGGAGGAACAGAUUCAGCUUACAAGUUAAACGAAGAAUCGAAUGAGAAGGCCAAGAUAGUGAGGCAACAACCGAAACGUGAUAAUGAGAACAAGCCGCACAUAAAGAGACCCAUGAAUGCGUUCAUGGUCUGGGCAAAAGAUGAACGGCGAAAGAUUUUGAAGGCGUGCCCGGAUAUGCACAAUUCCAACAUAUCUAAGAUACUUGGUGCGCGGUGGAAGGCAAUGUCGAACGGUGAGAAGCAGCCGUACUACGAGGAACAGUCAAGAUUGUCAAAACUUCACAUGGAGAAGCAUCCGGACUACAGGUACAGGCCAAGGCCGAAGCGCACCUGCAUCGUCGAUGGCAAGAAGAUGAGGAUCUCCGAAUACAAAACAUUGAUGCGUCAGAGACGGCAGGAAAUGAGGCAGCUUUGGUGUCGCGACGGCACAGAGAUGAGCUUUCUGUCGAACAACUCAGAUUUGACAUCGCCAACAGCAUCAGCGUCUGGACGUCCGACACUCUCUCCGCCUCUAGGCUUGAUGAACGGUGCCGGACCCAGCACCGACAGUUACUACUACCCGCAUGACAGUGUUUCCCCAGAUGCUAUAAAUUUCUCGCAUGAACAUGCUUCCUCGACAUAUGAUUCUAGUCCCAGACACGAUGACGACUGAGCCUGGGUUAACAGGGAAGGAGCUUUCCCUAGGUAUUAGAAAAAUUUACUUCGAAAAAUCAUACUCGAAUUUUUAUCAUGACAAGUAUUUAUAUGCUGUUUAUAAUCAAAGCAAAGGGAAAAAAAGUGUUAAAAUAGAAAGCUGUCUAAAUUCAGUGUGCCAUUUUUUUUUAUUAUUUUUUUUUUUUUUAAUAAAUGUGAACUUUUGAUCUCUCGGAAAACAGAGGAACUUUUUAUUA